UAUACUAUUCUGUAGGUUAGUUUGAUAUUUUCUUGAUCCGAAAAACAAACAAAAUAUUAAAAAAAAAUCCCUUUUUCAGGUUUCAUUUUCAUUAGCUGUCAACAAAUUUUCUUUCACUUUGUGACACUGUGUAUGUGCUUCCAAAGUUGAAAAUGGUGUCAAGAUCUUACUCAAACUUGUUAGAUCUAGCCUCGGGAGAGUUUCCGUCGUCUUCUUUCACCCGAAUGACACGUCAAAUCCCUCGUAUUAUGACCGUAGCCGGCAUAAUUUCCGACAUAGAUGAUGAGCGGUCAGAGAGUGUAUGCUCUGAUAUAUCAUCUUCAUCGGUUCAACACGACCGUUUGAUCAUUGUAGCUAACCAGCUGCCCAUUAAAGCUCAACGGAAAACUGAUGGUUCGAGAGGGUGGACUUUUAGUUGGGAUAAAAAUUCGCUUCUUUUGCAGCUGAAAGAUGGUUUAGGAGACGACGAGAUUGAUGUUAUUUAUGUUGGUUGUUUAAAAGAAGACAUUCAUCCGAAUGAGCAAGAUGAAGUUUCGCAAACACUUUUAGAAAAUUUUAAAUGUGUGCCUACUUUUUUACCACCUGAAUUAUUUACAAGAUUUUAUCAUGGGUUUUGUAAGCAACAUUUGUGGCCUUUGUUUCAUUACAUGUUGCCAUUGUCGCCUGAUCUUGGUGGGCGGUUUAAUCGAUCUUUAUGGCAAGCUUAUGUUUCAGUUAACAAGAUUUUUGCGGAUAAAAUCAUGGAAGUGAUAAACCCUGAAGAUGAUUAUGUUUGGAUCCAUGAUUAUCAUCUCAUGGUCUUACCAACCUUUCUAAGAAAACGGUUCAAUCGGGUUAAACUUGGGUUUUUCUUACAUAGCCCAUUUCCAUCUUCCGAGAUUUACAAAACGUUACCUGUCCGAGAAGAGCUUCUUAGAGCUCUUUUGAAUUCAGAUCUUAUAGGGUUCCAUACUUUUGAUUAUGCCCGUCAUUUUCUCUCUUGUUGUAGUAGGUUAUUGGGAAUUUCUUAUGAAUCGAAACGGGGUUAUAUAAGUUUAGAAUAUUACGGGCGAACUGUUACUAUCAAAAUUCUUCCUGUUGGAAUUCAUAUGAAUCAGCUUCAAUCUGUAUUAAACCUUCCUGAAACUGAGUCGAAAGUUUGUGAGCUCAUGAAACAGUUUCAGAAUCAGGGGAAGACGAUGCUGCUCGGGGUUGAUGAUCUGGAUAUUUUCAAAGGUAUUAGUUUGAAGUUAUUAGCAAUGGAACAGCUUUUAAUUCAGCAUCCUGAGUGGCAAGGAAAAGUUGUUUUAGUACAAAUAGCCAAUCCUGCCAGAGGAACAGGAAAAGACGUGAAAGAAGUAAAAACAGAGACUUAUUCUACUGUCAAAAGAAUCAAUGAGACAUUUGGUAGACCGGGUUAUGAGCCUGUUAUCUUAAUCGAGGAGCCUCUGAAGUUUUACGAGCGGGUUGCUUAUUAUGUGGCUGCAGAAUGUUGCUUGGUAACGGCCGUUAGAGAUGGGAUGAAUCUUAUACCAUAUGAAUACGUUAUUAGCCGUCAAGGAAAUGAACGGCUUGAUAAGGUUUUGGGUUUGGACCCAUCUACACCAAAAAAAAGCAUGUUAGUUGUUUCUGAGUUCAUAGGCUGCUCUCCGUCUUUAAGUGGCGCCGUUCGUGUUAACCCAUGGAACAUUGAUGCUGUGGCGGAUGCAAUGGAUUAUUCCUUGGAACUAAGUGAGCCCGAGAAGCAAAUGAGACAUGAGAAGCAUUAUAAGUAUGUUAGUAGCCAUGAUGUUGGGUAUUGGGCUCAUAGUUUUUUUCAGGAUUUAGAACGGACAUGUAAAGAUCAUGUGAGACGAAGGUGUUGGGGGAUCGGAUUCGGGUUGAGUUUCAGAGUGGUUGCUUUAGAUCUGAGCUUUCGGAAGCUUUCUAUGGAACAUAUAGUUUCGGCCUAUAAACGAACUACAACAAGAGCAAUUCUUUUGGACUAUGAUGGGACUUUAAUGCCUCAAUCUAGUAUUGAUAAAAGCCCUACAUCCAGCACGAUAGAAAUGCUCAACACUUUAUGUAGAGAUAAGAAUAAUAUGGUUUUUGUUGUGAGUGCAAAGAGCCGAACCACACUCGUGGAAUGGUUUGCUGAUUGUGAAAAACUCGGUCUUGCAGCAGAACAUGGGUGUUUCCUUAGGUUGAAGCGUGAUGAAGAAUGGGAAACUUGUGUACAAGUUGAAGAGUGUGGAUGGAAGCAGAAUGCUCGACCAGUUAUGACCCUUUACACCGAGACGACUGAUGGGUCAACAAUUGAAGAUAAAGAAACGGCCCUGGUGUGGUCUUAUGAAGAUGCAGACCCUGAUUUUGGAUCUUGUCAAGCUAAAGAACUUCUUGAUCAUCUUGAGAGUGUGCUCGCCAAUGAGCCCGUUACAGUGAAAAGAGGGCAGAGUAGUGUUGAGGUCAAACCACAGGGGGUAAGCAAGGGGCUGGUGGCAAAACGACUACUAACCACGAUGCAAGAGAGAGGAAUGAUUCCAGAUUUUGUGUUGUGCAUAGGAGAUGACCGAUCAGAUGAAGACAUGUUUGAGGUGAUUACCAGUUCUGUAGCUUCCGGUGAAUUAUUUUCUCAGAAGGCAGAAGUUUUCGCCUGCACAGUUGGGAAUAAACCGAGCAAGGCUAAAUAUUAUCUUGAUGACACUGUCGAGAUUGCUAGAUUAAUGCAAGGACUGGCGUCAGUUUCUGAACAGUCUGAUAAUGUCUUUGUUUUUGCGUGACGGUUUACACGUAAAACCUACUAUGUUUUCUAGUGUUGUAGUUGUAAAUUUCCGAGUAAAGGGAAGGUGCAGAACUGUGAUUCGUUAAAACUUUCAAAAUUUAGUAGAGUGUACAUAUGUCUUUCUUUUGUUGUUUGGCUUGUAACCCGAAUGGGAUAAUAGCGAUUGAACUGGAAGUUGUCGACAAGAGUUGAAAUCAUAUUAGGAAUGUUAAAGGCGUUUUAACUCUAAUUUUGUUUAAA